GGAACAGCUAACGCAACAACAUCUUGGAACCUCACACCUGCUAUAAAACUACCAUGGAGAAUUCAACUAAAAUACUGUUUGUUCUACAAGGACUGAAUGAGACGAUGUCAAGCAAACAAACAUACUUUUUCAUUACUCUUCCUGUUUACCUUUUCACUGUUUUGGUGAACCUGGCUUUGAUUGCAACAAUUAUUUUGGAGAAAACGCUCCAUGAGCCCAUGCUUAUAUUUCUCUGUAACUUGUGUGUAAAUGGGAUAUUUGGUGCCUCAACAUUUUAUCCAAAAAUAUUGGCGGACCUUUCAUCUGAAUUGAGUGUUAUUUCGUAUGAAGCUUGCCUGGCCCAAGUUUUUGCAUUAUACAGCUACGUAUUCUGCGAGUUCACUACGUUAACAGUAAUGGCUUAUGACAGGUAUGUCGCGAUAUGCAAGCCGCUAAAUUACCACUCCAUCAUCACGCCUCAGAAGAUUGUGAAAUUGCUCAUUUUUACCUGGCUUUUAUCCAUGAGUGAAUCGGCUAUUGCAGUGAUCCUGAUAGCCAGAUUACCUCUCUGUGGAUUCAACAUCGACAAGAUUUAUUGCACAGGUUGGGCAGUGGCAAGGCUGUCAUGCGUGGAUACCACUAUCAACAACGUAUACGGGUUCAUUCUCAUGUUCUUUCAAAUUGCACAAGCAUUGCUGAUCUUGAUUUCUUAUGUCAAUAUCAUAAAAGCCUCUGUGAGAUCACAGGAUGAACGUAAUAAGUUCAUGCAGACCUGUUUGCCCCAUUUAAUCACACUGACCAACUUCUUAAUCGCAAUCGCUUUCGAUGUCAUGUACACUCGCUUUGGUCCCACCAACCGACUACAGUCUCUCCGCAAUUUCAUGUCCCUGGAGUACCUCAUCGUUCCACCGCUCCUAAAUCCCCUAAUCUAUGGCCUGAGACUGAACCAGAUCCGCCGGAGGAUCUUUAGAAUUUGCAGCCAGAAAAUGCAUGCUCUGAAAUAAAUAUCGUGUCUACUUUGCUGUCCAAGCUGGAAAUGUUAGGUUUUUUAGAAUCCGUGAUUGAUUGAAUUUUACAUUUGGAGCUAUGGGCGUUUGAAUUGCGUAAAAAAAUGUAUAUUCCUUAAAAAAAAAAAUAAAAAUAAAAAAACGCUGUCCUAACACUAGACUGCGUAUCGCACGCAUUUAUUUUUACUUAUGGAAUUAAGAUUUAGUCGGUGAAUGAACAAGGGACACACGGACGAUGACGCUGAACCGAACGAAAAGACGUAGAUGACGAAUUGUGUGCAUUACCGCCGGCACAGCCCCCCCAGCACGUGCAGCUGACAGCCGCAGAGCUCACGGGACCGCGGCCUCGAUCACAAGCAAUCGUCCUAAAAGCUGUUCAACCACUACCAUGGCCCAUGCUGUGCGAUUUGAGGAGGUGUUUCCCACAGAAAUCUAGCUGUACGCAUCGCUUCAAGAAAAUGUGCGUGGAUUUUUCUCUUCCCAAAUAUACCAAUGGCAUUGUAAAUUACGUAGCCUAUUAUAUGCAUUUUCAUAUUUUGUGAAAAAUUCCACAGCUUGAAUAAAGGAGACUUUGA